AUAUUUCUUUUGCUGUUUUCAAAUUCUAGCCUUUUUUGUUUCAUUUUUUUCGUCACACAAAAGCUAAUAAAUACUUUUUUCACAUAAACAUCCCAGCCUUGAAUGACGUCUCAUUUAAAAAACGAUUUGGAAAGUGUUUACGGGUCGUCAAUAUACGGUGGUGGCGGGCAAUUCACCGAUGAUAGCGACCUUCCAGAAUACGCGCAGUUAUGCCGACGACUCUUCCCUACGCUCCUCAGUGCCACACUCGACUAUAAUGAUGAUGGUAGUGAGGAGGAGGAUAUUGAACCGGAAGCUGAGGAGACCAUAGCGCGGUACUUUAAGUACUUGACAGGACUUCCCCUGCCGUCUCUCAAAAUGGAGCCGGCGCUGUUGCAGGGCGACCUACAGCGGGUGUCGGACGAGCUCACUGCGUUGCUCUUUAAAGAGAGCUUCAGCAACAGCAGCAGCGGUGGGAGUCUGGAUCCGUUUGAGUCUAAUCUCUCUCAGAAGCAGCAGCAACAGGUGGAUAUCGGCGACAAGCCCCUGUUUGGUGUCGUUGAUGACAUGAACAAGCUUGCGGUAUCGACAACCUCGAAGCUUAGUGCGCAACUGGCCAAGACACAGGAAACAUUGGGGCGAUUAGAGACAGCGUGCGGGUUGUUUUCAGUGGAAAUAGCAGACCUUGACCAGCGCGCUAAAGUUGUUCACCAGGUGCUGGACAAGCAGGAUCUCAUUACACGCAUAGUCGAGCUGCCGCGCGUCAUGCAGAUGUGCGUGGCCGGCGGGUUCUAUGAGGAGGCUGUGGAGAUGGCCGAGCACGUGAAGGUGACCGGAGACAGGCUCGUCAGGGAUAUUUCCGAGGACAUGCAGCUUGUGCCAAGGCAAUCAAGGGCUUCAAGGGUGGUGAGAACGCAGGGUGCGCCGGAUCAGCUGGCAGGGUUUGUAAGGAUGAUCCAGAAGCAGGUGCAGGCGGAGUACGAGGCUAUGGUUCUGGGACUGUGUCGCGAACUCAGCUACACGCGCUGGGCUACGACAGUCAGCCCCCAGCAGCAGCAACAGCAGCAGGGUGGGAUGAGUGGCAAAAUGGAUGGUGGGUAUGAACGGUCAAUGAGGCGGAUGUCACAGAUGACAAAGAUUAUGUCGAUUCUGCGCAGCGUUGGGAUGUUCUCCGAGAGCGAGCUGCGCAUGCUGUACCUGCGGUCGCGGUGGCAGGCGUGGGGGACGACGGCAGACUCGCUCAGCGGCUUUGCGCCACAGGAAUCGGCUGGUGCCAGCGGAUUGGAGGCGUUUGGGCUGGAGGCAUUUGGGCUUGGUACCCCUGCGAUAAGCUCGCAUGUGGUAAGCUCGCCUGCAAUAGGGUCUCCCGCGGCGCAGCCACAGCGGGGGUCCGAGAGAGCCACCGGCGCAAGUUCGGCUGAAGUGGCGGCGUAUUUGACAAAGUACAUUGAUGCGUUCUUCCAGUGGCUGGCCGAGGUCGACCAGCAGUACCAGACGCUGUUUCCGGAAAAGAAGCUCGCACCCUUGGGAUCCACCGGGCUCACAGGGUCCACCGGACCCACCAGUGGCGGAAGCGAUCCGUUCGCUGACCUAACCCUUUUCAGCUCGCGGCAGUUUCUCGCAGCGGUCAUGCCGCUGGUGCCGCUGCUGACGGACGCCUCAGGCAUUGCCGCGUUGGAAUCUCUGCUGUCCAUGCAUGCACGGGCCCUUGCGCGCGCCAAAAUAGAUUUUGCAAUGCCCUUCCUUGCGCACAGUCUGCGAGAGCGCGCGUUUAUUAGCGUAGUUGGCACUGUCGAGGGGACAGUCGCUGGGAUUUGUCAGACGAUUUUGGCGCUGGAUGUGUCUGCGGCAGGCGGGGGUGGGUCGGAGAGCGAGAGCGGCUGGGAUCAGCUAGCUGCGCCGACGCGGCCAUCCUUGGAUGUUGGCCCGGAGUUUGGAGCUGGGCUGGUAGCGGCGGCAGAGGCGGCGGAGAACCCGGUGGAGUUUCUUGGUCGGCUGCGCGUGUCCCCAGUGGGUCUACUGCAGUAUCCUGUGUUGGCGCAACUCCUGCAUGCGUUCCGCGACAGCCUCCAUGCGCUGCGCAUCCUGGUGCUGGCCAGCGAUGGCAGUGGAGGUGUGGAGGGUGAGGGUGAGGGUGAGGUGCUGGUACUGCUGAACAUGGUGUCGGUGGUAUUCGAGAGCGAGCUCAUCCGGGUUGCUGAGGCUUUGAGAUCGCUGGGCGAGCGGAUUAGGAUUGCAGCUGCGAAUUCUAGGGCGGAGGUCAGAGAAAGCGUGCAAGCGGUGUUUGUGGAUGCUUGCUUGGCGUUUACGUUUGGCCUGGCGAGACAUGUGGCUGAGGUGUUUGAGGAGGUUGCGACGCUUAAUGAGUCUGCGCAUUUAGAUUCCUCUUCUUUGUCGGGUGGGCUUGCGGCUGGCGAUUUGACGACAGUCUUAUAUUCGGCUGAUAUUUACACGCCGCUGCUUGAGCAUAUUGCUGCCAAUCCAGUCUAAUUUUUUAUUUUUGUCCCACGCUCGAAAUAUUUUAAUGCUUGUUUAUCAAAAGAAAAAAGCACAUGGCAACAAUAAAAGGGGAUAUUUAAAAUGUACUUAUAAAUGCAAAUGUAGUUUUUCU